CAGGUGACCGAACUUAGUUACGUCGGUGUAUUUCGGAAGUUGAGUUUCUUGUGCUCGAUAUAACUACCUGUAUAUCUCUCAUUCUUGGAUAUGGAAAAUACACACCCAAACAAGCAAGAUCCCUUUGCUGAGUAUUUGUGGAUGGAGAACAUGGACGAUUUUGAUCGCGAAGUGAACGAACAACUCAACGAAGAAGAGUUCAUUCGCGCAUGUAUUGAACAACUGCUGGAUGAAGAAGACGAACGCGAAACAAUGACAGCGGCCGAAAUAGUCGCCCAACAGCAGUUACUGAGCUUACAGAGCAAAGAUUCAGUAAAUCAAGGAACGUCGCAAGGUUCUUACAGAAGUAGCUUUCAGGGACGUAACGUUUGCCCGAAUGGAUACAUGAAUGGCUAUGGCAAUCUCGACAACGAUUUGGUGAAGAGCAAGCUGAACCCAAAUGCCAAAGUGUUUGUGCCUCAGAAGACGAGGACAUCGUCAUCAUAGCUGGAAAUGAGAGCUGCGCAUGCCUGCCUGACUUGACCGGGUAUUAGAUAGACGGACUCCAUGUAUGAUACGAUGUACAUAAGUUUGCAAUUUGUGAAAGAGUUAAAAUGGAAUCCAGGCGGCUUUGUCCUGUCUAAAUUUCUGAUGUAUUUUAAUGACAGAUUAAAUUAAUAAAGCUCUUAUUUAAUGCAGA